CGCUGAAUCCUUUUUUGGCUCGUUUUCGCUUCACCACUUUCACUGUCUUCGCCGAAAGUGCACUCAAUUCGCCACAUUUACAUCGGAAGUCACAAUGUCCGAGCGCAAAGCUGUGAUAAAAAACGCGGACAUGUCUGAGGACCUUCAGCAGGAUGCCGUGGACUGUGCAACUCAGGCACUUGAGAAAUACAAUAUUGAAAAAGAUAUUGCAGCAUUCAUAAAGAAAGAAUUUGACAAAAAAUACAAUCCCACGUGGCACUGCAUUGUUGGCCGCAAUUUUGGCUCCUAUGUCACACACGAGACGAAACAUUUUAUAUAUUUCUACCUUGGCCAAGUAGCCGUGUUGCUUUUCAAAUCCGGCUAGGCUAGUAAGAAACAAGUAACUUCCGGUGGGAGUGUAUGAAGACUGCAGUCUAACUUAUUGCUUGCGAGUGUGAUAUUGAUCUAGAACGUUCCAGUCUUGACAGCAGUCAUGUGGACACAAUAAAUCAGUGAAAUUCCGGGCAGAGCAGAAGUCAUGAAAAGAACCACUAGAUUUUGCAUGGCUUCUUCCAUCAAUUCACUUACCUCGAAUAUAUACAAGAAAACUGAAAGAAACUUGUGUCCUUGGGCAAAACCUAAACUUAUAUAACGAAAAUAACAACUACAGAACGAACUUUC